GUGGGGGCUACAUUUCCUCUUUCAGACCAUCUUUCUCUCUCUACAUUUUCAUUAUUGCGCUCUCUACCUCUUUCUCUAAAAAAUCAUCACUUCUCAGCCUGCCACCCGAUUUCUUUGACUUGAUAGGGUUUUUCUUCCGCGUAACAAAAUCACAAGUUUCAGUCUUCCUCCAUUUCGCCUCCUGCUGUUGAUUCACAAUAUUUUGCAUGAGCGGCUUCCUCACAGUUUUAUAUAAAGGCCAACCUCUGUGGACAGGAUGGGGUGUUUUACAGUCUUGAAGAGUAAGAAGAAGAAAUCCGAACAGAUCAAGAAUGUGAAACGGAUUAACCAUAAAGAGAACUUACCUGCUGCAGUACUACCUGAACCUCAAACUCAUACACGCUCACUGCAGUCUGCACCUCCUAGUUUCAGGACAAGAGUGAAACCUAUUCAACCCAUUAAUAACAUCACCUACAGUAGAAUACGAGCAUUAUCUGCCCCAUCAACUCUUGAUGCGGCUGAACAAGAUGCUUUGGCAUCUGUCGAGUAUGAGGAUCAAGAUGAGUUAAAACACCGGGCUGGAUCAAUAAAGGAGCAGCGUUCAUCCAGUCCGCAACCUUUACCUCUCCCAUGUCCUCAGACUGGUGGUUCAUUAAAGGCAACAAGCAGCUUUAAGUCAGCCACAGCUAGUGGUCCUCUCUGUGCUUCUGGUCCUUUGCCACUGCCACGUACCGGCUUACUUCGAAACUUUAUGUAUGAAGAAAUUUCUGCUGCUUGCCACAAUUUCUCUUCAGAUCGGUGCAUGUCAGAAGGUCUUUCUUCCACCAUAUUUAAAGCUUCUUUUGGUGAUGAUGUUUCAAGUUCAAAGAAGUUUGAAGCCACUGUCACUCGCCUUCAUCCAUCAGCUCAGGGUUUGAAGGAAUUCAUAAAUGAGGUUAAUAUUAUUGCAUCUUUGCAACACCCGAACCUUUGUAAAUUGCUUGGUUUUCAUGCAUGUGAGGGUUCAGAACUGAGAAUGUUGGUUUAUGAGAGGCUAUAUCACGGAAGCUUGGAUCGCCUUUUGUAUGGGAGAUCUGAUGGCCCGCCUAUUGAUUGGAAUACAAGAAUGAAAAUUGCUUUAUGUGCUGCACAAGGUCUUACUUUCUUGCAUGAAGAAGGGCCUUUCCAGGCAAUGUAUAAUGAAUUUUCAACUGCCAAUAUACAGAUUGACAAAGAUUUUAGUGCAAAGCUUUCAGGCUAUGGUUGUGUUGGACAUAUUGCUGAGGAAGAGGUUUCGAGCAAUUCAACGGCUGUUGGAAACCUAUCUGUAGAGACACUGGAAAGGGGAAUGCUCACUCCAAAGAGCAACGUUUGGAGCUUUGGAAUUGUUCUUCUGGAGUUACUGACCGGAAGAAAGAAUCUUGACAGCCGUCGCCCAAAAGAAGAGAGGAAUUUAGUCAAGUGGAGUCGGCCUUUCCUUGCAGAUGAUUGUCGGUUGUCAUUGAUUAUGGAUCCUCAACUUAAAAGCCGGUUUCCUUCCAAAGCAGUGAGGACAGUAUCUGGCAUUGCUCUGAGGUGCCUUCAAAACGAACCAUCAGAAAGACCCACCAUGAGAACUGUGGUUGAGCAUCUCAGAAAAAUACAGGAUAUGAAGCACUCUUGUCGGUUUCCAUUGCAAGAGCCAGCAGCAAUUUCCAGAAAACAGAUGUCAAGGUCACCAAGUCUUAAUGGAGUUGUUAAUCCUGCAUCUAGAUUGAGCUUCUCACCAUCACCGCCUUCGGCAGCCGGGCCAUCGAUUUCACCUCCAAGAUGGUCUGGUGUGCCCCUCUUGCUUCCUCCCCGUGCUUGUUCCUCUACCCUUUCAUUGGAGGAGCUUGAUCGGCAAGAAUCCCGGAAGUCAUCAUCCACUGUCUCCAGGAGGGCCAGUGUUGAAGGAUUUUGAUUGUCCAUAAUGCUCAUUUCUUUAUUUUAUUUAUUUGUUCUUUUUUGGGCACCUCCCACUUUUUCAUCCCUCAGGGGAAGUUCUUUUGUAGAUAGUUCGAAGGUUGAUCUGACUCGCCGGGUUAAAUUAGUUCCCUCGUACAUAUACGAAUUCUCAUGUUGUCGCACAUUCUGCUUGUUCCCUUGGCCUACUCUUUAGUGCGAUGCAGAACUUGACAUGAUAGAAACAUUGCGGAUUGUUAAUAGGGAAGGUCAAAGUUGAGAACGAGUUCUUUCAACCUCUUUGCCUCUGGUUUACAGCAGGAAACAGAGACUUCAGCAUCUAAGAGACAGUUCAAAAGCGAUACAGAUUUCUUAGCAAGUAAAAGCAUAUGUAUCGUUACAUAUGAUAUAUCAUACACUAUAAUGCCUAGCUAUAGAUAAUUGUAUAGGCCUACAAGGUAUGAUGUGAUGUAAUACAUCAAAUAUUACAAUGACGAAUGUUUACAUUUUAGGA